UCUCCCAGAGAGAUAACUUUGUUCUGGACCAGGAGAGAUGACAUCAUGACGGAUGGCGAUGAAGAUGUGGGCGCAGGGGGCAGGAAACGUUAUCUCCUACAAUGGCACCGAGGGGACGGAGACACACACAUAUACACUUGUGGAACACACUAAAGCUCACUGAUACUCUACUCCAGUGGACUUGAACAGUAGUCACUCCCCAUUAAACACACAUACACACAGGAACACACACACACACACACACACACACACACACACACACACACACCUCUGACAUGCCGGCUCAUCCAAUGGGUCUAGGUGGUGGCAGUCAUUUAAAAGGACAGAUACAGGCCUGGUCACUGUGUGUCACUGUUCUGGUAUUGUCAUUUUCUACUGCACAGCAACUUUUGGGAAAUACACUGAAGAAACUGAUCUCAACCAAUCUCAGCGAGGAGUCCAGCUAAUACUGUGGGUUUUCUGUGGUGCACGAUGUGUCGGCUCCUGAAUGUCCUGCUGGCUUCGCUGAGUCGCUUCCUGUUUGCGGUCCACGGGGUGGUGACAGUGUGGCGUGUGGUGGCUGUUAAAGAGGAGCCACUCUAUUGGCUGCUGCUGACGGGCGUGGCUCUGCUGGGAGUGGAAAUGGCUGUCACUCUGAAGUGCACCCAGAACGCUGAGUGGAAAUGGUUCUCCCCCAUGGUUUUCCUCUACCUCAGUACUGUCAUCCCAUCCAUUUGGUUUCUGGAGCUGAGCCUGCUGCAGUCCAAGCUGCCUGUCAACAAUUCCUCAGGCCCUGAGCUUCAUUUGCUGGCUCACAUCCCGAUCACAGCGGGCAUCGUGGAGCUGGACCCAGAGAACUGGGUUGCUGGCCUGGAGCAGACCAUGCUCAUUGUGUUGGUUGUGGGUCGCUGGCUGAUGCCCAAGGGGGACAUGUCCCGCGACCAACUCUCCCAGCUCCUCAUGGUGAACGUGGGACUGGGCGCCGACAUCCUGGACAUCUUUGACACCUUCAAGGAACCUGAGGUCAAAACCAACCGAGCAGUUGUCAUUAUCGGCCUGGCCCUCUUCUCUUGGGCGCUCAUGCAGUUUCCUCUGGUGCUCACCCAGACACAACCCCCAAAGGGUGAGCCUCCAAAGACAAGUUUGAAUGGUCUCUUCUCCUGUUGCCCUGGUGCUCCAUCAGCAUUCUCCUCUUGCUGCUCCAGUGAAGUGUGGAGCUUGCUGCUUACGGUGGGACUCCAAGACGGCCCGUUCCUGAUUUACCGGCUCUACCUCAUGGUCCAAGAGCAGGUACUCAACCAGCUGAUGAUCUUCUUCACGUGCAAGAACAUCCUCAUCGUCCUCUUGGAGCUUUACCGAAUCUUUGUGGUGCAGUGCGAGCAGCCGGUAGGGGAGUUGGGGUUGGACAGGUGUGCUGCUUUGGUGCUCCAGUGUCAAACCAAGAGUUGUGGAGGGAAGGAGGGGGUGGAGGAGGAAGAAGGUAGAGAGGAGUGUGGCGGAGGGCAGAGCUGUAAGACAGACGCAGAAAGGGGGACUGAGAGGGAGGAAGAUCAGAGUUGUCCAGGUACAGAAAGGCUCAAAAUGCCGUGAGGCAUGACUUCGGCCCUUAGGGGAGGAAUGGCUUUCACACACCAAGAGAAAAGUCGAACCCAUCUGCCACCUUCUCAGCCUUGUUCAGAGACAGCCUCGGCUCUCUGGAGGUUCAGUGACUAGAAAUAGACCACAACAGAAGAGAAUAAGUUCCCACUGAAAAGAUCAGAGAUGAAUUUAUGCAACUCCCUUUGAUAAAACCUUUCAAGAAAGUGGUGUUUCAGUCAGAAGAGGUUUCUCUACUAAAGAAAAUCAGUUCAACAUGAACACAAACUGUCACUCUCUUUAAUAUAUGACAAAAUUAACAAGAUAGCUGAAACCAAAUUGACUUCCAGUACAACACAUUUGUUUUAAUCAGCAACAGCAUAUAACAAAAUGAUUUUAUUAUCUUGUGCGUAUGCAUUUUUAAUAAAAUGACGGUGAUGAUGAUGGCUCUGACAGGAGACAUAUUAUAUGAAUUGAAUUAAUAUAGCAGAGUA